AUGCCGUCCAGCAUUUGGAGAAGUCAUUCAACAAUGGCUUCACUUUUGGCAUUUGUCGCAGCAUGUGGACUAUUUGUUACAGUAUGUAAUUGUGUAUGUCAUAAACAAAUGAAGCAGAUGCCUCCAAGAGGAACCAAAGGAGAAGGCUGCUGGCGUGAUGGAGAACUACAUCCUCUUCAUUCCAAAUGGCAAGGAGCUGAUUGUCAAGAAUGUACUUGUUACCAAAAAGUAAUGGAAUGCUGCGACGAUCACGCAGUUCCAGUCGGAUUCAAUCCAAAGAUCUGCACUCCGAUUAAGGUGAACUGCACUACCAAAGUUGUGAGGAGAAAAGAUAACAACAUUCCAUGUCAGUUUAAAUUGGUGAAACCAAGGAGUGACAGCUCAGACAGCAGCGACAGCAGCGACAGCAUAGACAUCGAAGACAACAAAGAGAACAGUCACCACAAAGUUCAUCAUAAUGGUCACCACAAGAGUGAUAGUGAUAACAAGAGUGGCAGGAGCAAGAGUAAGAGCAAAGAAGAUGAUGAAUUCGAUGUAGAGGACUAUUUGGAAUUACUUUCAUACUUUGAAGGUUCUGAUGAUUGUAAUAAAGAGGACCAAGAGCCCCAAGACCCCCAAGAGGAAAGUCUGAAUAUUAAUAAAGCUAUCAGUGAGAAAUACCAAUAAAAUGCUUGAAAGAAAUGUACCUGUUUUCCCUGAUCUGCAAAAUGACAACUAAAGUGAUUGUUUUUACUACAGUAUAUAGAGUUGUUCCCCAUGAUGAAAAAUAAAAUUUGAUUAUUUGAAAUGCUUCUACUCAUCAA